UAAGGAUUAAGUGAAUUACAUACAUGUUUUAUAAAAAGGCCUUUUCAAAAAUAUUUGUAACUAUUUAACAAUACCAACACAGAUUGCAAUUCAUCAACAACAAAAUACGAUGCCAGAUGUAAUUAGAAAAGGCCAAAGCUGAUAUCGAUAAAACAGUUUUAAAGAUAAGACAGUAUUUCUAUAAUUUUUUUUAUUUACUAAUCAAUUUUCUUAAUUUUUUUCUAAACUAUUAAUACAAAAUGAAUAACUUAGAUACAAGUUUGCAAGUACAUUCUAAAUUGGAAAAGGAGACUUCCAAUUUGGUUUUGUUAAGAGAGAGGGUGGAUAAAUAUCAUGACUUGUCCAAUCAGAUGUCUGAUAUCCUAACAGUAUUCGAAAAUCGUUUAGGGAAACUGGAGCAAACCAUAUUGCCAGUUUAUCAAGAAACGGAGCAGUUGCAGAAACGUCAACACAAUUUGGAAGCCACCCUCAAUUGUUUAGAAACUGUAUUGUCCCACUAUGAUGUCUCCCAAGAAGUCUGCAAUCUUAUCCAUCAAGGGCCCACCGAGGGUAGUGUUGGCGUAUUCACCGAAGCAUUGGACAGACUGCGCUCGGCCAUGGAGUAUUUUCUUCAUCACAAUUCCCAGAGCGUUGAAUUGGAAAAUGUAACUAGUCUGUUCAACACUGGCUGCGAGAGCUUAAACAAUCACUAUCGUUUAUUGCUAAAGAAAAAUGGCUCUCCUUUAAAACCAGUGGAUAUUUUGGAUCUCAUCUAUAAUGAAGAUGAUUCAUCAAAUGACGAAUACACUUCUUUUAGACAGUUGACUCAAAGUACUAGGGAGGAAUUGUUCACAAUUUCCCAUUGGUUGGAGCAGAAUUUAAGAUUUGAAUAUACCGUGAAUUAUGCCACCGAAAGAGGAGAAGUUGUAUUUCGUUCUUUGCAAAAUUUGAAAGAUCAUCAGAAGAGCAGUAGUUGGGGCAAUGAGGCAUUGAAAUCUCGUCAUUCUGGACGCCAGGAAACCAAAAAAAGUCCCUCCAUACGUUUACAGCAAAUAUUUGAACGUAAAGCCAAUAAAUUAUAUUUAAAAGCCACACAAACUUUGGAACAAUCAACUGGUAUUUCCAUCAAAAAAGCCACCUCCCAUUCGGAACAUUUAUCUUCAGAAGAAUAUGCUGAUGGUGACCAAGAACUAGAUAAAUAUUUAGUCAUGUUGCUGGGUCUACAGCGUCUUCUAAAUUGGGAACGUGCUCUAAUGCAGGAAAUCAUUCCGACUUCAAAACAAUCUGAUGUAUUUGCUAAAUUGGCUUAUAAAUCAAUUGAUAUGGUGGUUAAAGAUGCCGAAGCAAUUACAAAUCGCAUAAUGCGCAGCAUCUCACGUAAAGAAUGGACUUCGGCUUUGGGUAUAUUUAAGACUUUGAAAAAUGUUUUACUGCUACAACCAGAUAUCGAUCGUACUUAUGAUGUACAACAGCGAGAACAACUGACAAAGGUUUUAAAUAAAUUACAAUACACGGGUGCCAAAGCUUUGGAACAUUUCUUGGAAGUCGUUAGAGGUGAUUCAACAAAUAUAGUGGGCAUGAGUUCUAGCACUUUGGGUUAUGUCAAUGUCCCCAAAGAUGCCACAGUACACGAGUUAACAUCGAAUACAAUAUGGUUUAUAGAAAAUCUUUUAAAUCACUACGACGUCAUUGGUGUAAUACUACAACCAGAUGUACUCUACUCCACACAGCUAGAUACAAUACUUAUGAAAAAAUCAUUGUCCGAGGAGGAACGCAAUAAGGCUUUAUUGGCCAUUUACAUAAAAAAAGCUUUAGCAGAAUUAAAUCUCUCCAUAAUGAAUAAAUGUGAACAAUACAAUGAUCAGGCUACCAAACAUUUGUUCCGUUUGAAUAACAUUAAUUACAUACUAAAUUCAUUAGUCACUUCCAAUUUAAUUGACAUUGUUACUAUUGCCGAACCCGAUUGUCGCAAUAGUUAUAUUGAAACUAUUAAAGAGUUGAAAUUUUCGUAUCAGAAAACCUGGUCAAAAAUGCUAUCGAAUAUUUCGCCUUUAGAUGAAUUGCCCAAACCAAUACAGGGUAAAGUUAAAGAUAAAGAUCGCAGUAUUUUAAAGGAAAAGUUUUUGACUUUUAACAAAGACUUUGAAGAAGCUUGUAAAAUUCAAAGAGGUAUCUCUAUACCGGAUGUUACUUUGCGACAAGGUAUUAAGCGCGACAAUGAGGAACACAUUUUGCCCAAAUAUAAUGAAUUUUUCAAUGUGUAUGCUGGUGUUCAAUUUAGUAAAAAUCCUGAUAAGUAUAUUAAAUUUAAGCCUCACGAAAUUAAGGCAAACCUUAAUAAACUCUUCGACGAUUCCGCUUAACUUAUAAUCACACAAAUUUAUUUAUUUAAUUUUUCUUUAAUUUAAUUAAAUUUAUAUUAUAAAGUUAGAUAUAAAAAAUGUCUUAUCGUAUAACAAUUAUUAAACUAAGCAAAUAAAUAAAUAAUUUCAUAAAUAUAUUAA